AUGGGUGCUCGUCAACAUACAUGGGCGCCAACAACCUAUCAUUAUCUCGAUCAUCAUCAUCGUCGUCGUCGUAGUAGCAGUGUUUCGCUUAGUACAACCAGCAGCAGCAGCAGCACCAACACAACCACUACCACUACCACUACCAAUGGUAAACGAUUUCGACGCCGAUGCACCUACCCUAUAUCAUAUCAACGAAAAGCGAUUUCACCUCGAGUAUGUUAUUUUGCACGACCAGUGACCAUUUCAUCUUCAAGUAGUUCAGAGAAUACGAUGCAGCACCAACUAUCCAUUGAGAUUCCUGCAACGUAUUUAUCAUCCUCCUCGCCUGCAUGUUCAUCACCGGUCCCUGUUUUUCAUACACAAUCCUUGCUAUUUCUUUUCGGGUUUCUCUUUUUUCCAUGCUGGUGGGUGGGUGCAUUUCUACUACGUAAACAACCACAACAACAGCCAUCGCUAUUACCCACCAAAGAGGGAUACCAAGCACACUACAAUUUAAUUUCGGUUCAUCCUUCCUUAUUAGCCAAUGGACGUAUCUCUUCUCGCGUGUUAUGGGUUCCUCAGCAGCAACACUAUUCGAGCAACAGCACCUUGCGAGUCGUAUCCACCUCAUUACCGGAUAUACCUGGAUCACGCACGAGCUGGGCUAGAAGACUCGAGCAAGAAUAUGAAAUGUUUCAAAAGUGGAAUCGGUACAUGAGCUUUGCAUCCAUUGUGUUGAUAUUAAUCAUCGUUGCCAUGCUGGCAUGGUAUCAUGGAGGCGUCGUGUAUGGUCGAUGGCGUCCUCUUCUUCCCCAUUGA